AAGAUCUACAUCCUGCAGGCUACUGAUAACUGGUGUGGUUGAGAAAGUGAAAGACCAAGUUCAUUAUGAGUAGUAUUGGUCAAGUUCAUGAAGGUCAUAUAUCAGAUAAAGACGAUAGCGAACAACAUUUAGAGUUGAAACAUCAAGUAGAACCCAUAGGUCAAGAAGAAUUAAAAGGUCAAGCAGAACACAAAGGUCGACUAGAGUCCAAAGGUCAAGCAGAACACAAAGGUCGCCUAGAGUUCAAAGGUCAAGCAGAACACAAAGGUCACUUAGAGUCCAAAGGUCAAGCAGAACUCAAAGGUCAACUAGAGUUCAAAGGUCAAGCAGAACUCAAAGGUCAACGAGAGUUCAAAGGUCAAGCAGAACUCAAAGGUCAACGAGAGUCCAAAGGUCAAGUAGAAUGUAAAGAAACACAAGAGGAGCAGAGGUCAGCCAUACAAGUCUACUUAGAAUUUCUUGCAUUCAUUUGGAAUAACGGAAACUACAGAUACGGCCUCAUAAUGCAAACAGGCGUGACGCUGGCUUUGAUAGUGUCAUGGAGUAUUUUGUGGCCACCAGCAAAAGAUACUUUUUACAAUAUGGUUAUGAAAACCUCUGAAACUUCAUCGACGAGCUCCACUGAAGAUACUGAGUGUAGGGAACAAUAUAGAGUUAAUUCUGCUUGUGAUUUGACAGAAUUUCUGACACAGUAUCAGGAACUUAAGAUAAAUUACAGUUCACUGCAAGGAUAUGUCAAACAUUUACAAGAGGAUGCUACAGCUUUCAAUCAAACACUUAUAAAACAUGCUGAACAAAUUCAGAAUACCAGUUUGUCAGUGAAAAAGAUUGGUUCAAAUGUGACUGACUUCAAACAUCAACUGUAUCACCAGUCUGAACAGACACACAGAGUACAAAAGGAUAUGGACAGGACUGUCCUCAAGCAGAUAUCUGAUGAGGCUUGGCAGUAUUUAUGCAUCUUGCUAGCUGUAGGUGAAAUUUGCCUGGUGCUUUAUGUGUUGAGGUUGAAAACGUUGCUUAGAGAUGGGCGAAGAGAACCCCAGGUAUUGUUGACAUCAGAAAGCAGGCAGUAUGCUAACAGCAAUGUAUCCACACAACAGCCUCAUUCAGUAAUGGAUAGAAUCUCCAAAACAUCAACCGAGAACUCAGUGUGUAUCCUGAGCUUCAAUGGUGACCCUGCACACAAAAAACAUAUGACAGUGUCAAGGACAUUCCUAGACAAAACGGUCAAGGUUACUGAAUGUGUGAUUGACAGAGAGGAAGACAUCUUGAAUGUCCCACCAUCAAAGGUUGUUUUGGUUCAUGUUGACUACAAUUCUCGCAACAUCAUCCUUGAGAAUCCAGAACGAGAAGUUGGCGAGUUGAAGAGGAAAACAGUACUGGCUUUGUGGAGGAUGAAUGCUGAUGUGAUUCUGUUAUACCACUAUGAGGAUAAAGAUGCCAAACCUCUUGGUGAACAAGACUUGUACAGCUCUGACCUGGUAUCUGUCACAACUCAAACAGAACUUAAACAUAUAGAAAAACAGCAACGUUUUAUCAGUCUGAAUGGGCAGCUGUCAAUGAGACAAAAACAGCAUCUGGAUGGAUUGGUGAAAAUCAAGAUCGGUUAAUUCCUUUGAAAAUUUUGACAGAGAAAAUUGCAGAUGAGUAAUGAUUACUGAAAUGGAUGUAAAUUUUGUUAUCAAUGUUUGGAACAUAGUGCUUUUUAAGUGGAUGUUUUAAUGUGUGAAUACAUUGUAGUAGAUAAUUGUCUCUGGAAAGUACAUGUAUGUGAAUUAUUGUACAAAUUAUAAACAGACUAUGAUUUUCUGAAAUAUUGAUAUGAAGAUUUGUGUAAAGCGUAAAACACAGAAAAGUUGAAGUCGACAGGUCCAAAUGAAAUAUUCAACUUAUCUCAUGGUUCGAAUUGGCAGUGUUUUUAUGAACGGAGACAUUUUGCAUGAAUAUUUACCCUAUUUACAUCGGUUGUUUAAUGAAUACAUGUCUCAUGGCAUGGCAUGACAGUAAUGAAUACGUAAUAAAUAAAUGAAAUAUGAUGAUUAAUAUAAAAAGUAAAUGAGAAUUGCAUUUAUAAGUUAUGGCACCUUGUGGCUUAUUGGAGGACACCGAAGUGGAUAUUCUAGACUGUCUGAUACAGUUUUAUGUUUUCCAAUCUAAUCUGUUAUGAAUCAUGUAUUUCAGACUAGGGAAGCAGGAUGUUGCAUAAAGAAAUGAUAUAUUGUAGAUAUACACAUACUUUAGCAAUGCUCUUAUUGUUGCACUGAAUAUGAUAGUGAUGACUGUAGUUAAUCUAGGUUGCUUGUAUAAUAACCAUUAUUGGGGGCACAUAUUUAUUAUUGCACUUAUUUGCCAAUAAAUAAUGAUGUGUUUAAUUUUGAUUGUGCAAAUUAAGAAUGUUUUUCGUGAUUAUACCAUUAUUUUUGCAGCGAUGAUAAUUUCGCUAUUUUGAAGUAUAUCAAGGUGAUUGUAAAAAUGUAAUCCAUGAAAUAAUGAGAUGUGUGUAAUCACUGCCCUUUGAAUUCAGAUAAUGAAUUUUUUAAUUUGUUAAAAUUCGAUCAUUUUUUUAAAAAUGAUUCACAAAAAUUUUGAUCAGUGACAAUAACCAGGUAUUUGUUAUCACAAGAUACUUAGAGGGACAGAAACCAAUGAAUGGAUUAAAACACCUGUACAUAUAGUAUGUAGGUCUGUAUGUAGAAGAUUAACCUUCAAAUACUACGAAAGUCUAACCUUGACCCUUUCUAAAGAAAAUAUUUGUGUAUAAAAAUCUGAUGAUCCUCAUUAGAGAUGAAGAUAAAAUGAAUGCUUGGAGAGGGAGAGAGUUUAUCCAUGCGAGCCCCUUGCUUAAUUUGUUUUUAUAUUGUGGUUUUAUAAUAAUUAUUAAUUGUUCCCAAUGCAUUUUUAAUUCAUAAUACACUAACAUCCUUCUUCUGUAGGAAUAGCAACAUUCUGCCUCAAUUUGGUCUGAAGCAUGAAUGGUUUGGAUGUCCGACAUAUUCUAGAGAUUCUAUUAUAUGAGCAUGGAAUCAUUUACCAAUAAGGUAGAGAAGAUAUAUUAAACUCUGGUGGAUUUGGUGUGAUUCAUAGUUGUAAGAUGAAUCUUAAACAUUUUUUUUUUUUUUGAUAGACAGCCUCCAUCAGUUGCUAGUUACACAUGCAUAAACAUAGAUUUGUGCUAUCCAUAUUAAGAUAAAAUAUCACUGCCCCAUCUUCAGUAUUCCCUUCAUAAAACAGUACAACUCCAACCCCAAUUUAAAUGUUUUAAUUUUAUGUGUCAGUGAUACUUAUAUCUCAAUACCUAUUUCAGAUUCUAGCACAGCUACAAUUAUCAGGCAUAACUUAGAAAAGUGUAGGUAAUUAAUCAAACUGUACGUUAACUUAUUCAAUAUUCAAAAGAACUAGAUUACUGGAUUUGUAUGAAGCAAAAGAAGAGUGAAGUUUCUAGUUGAAAUGGGUUUUUUUUUCAAAUUUGAUGAAGCAUAAUUAAUAUUGUGUUUUACGGGACAGGCUAUUUUGGAAGAAAAGGAAAGCAGACUUUUAAAUUGUGCCAUUAUGCUUACUAAAGCAGUAUUUACAUGGGCUCAAUAAAGUAUUUUAUAUACA